CGUGCAAACAGUGCAGCAUCCUGGUGAGACGGAGGGAGUAUAACACUAACCACCCUCCUCUUCAAAACAAACAUCUCCUUUUGCUUGAAUAACAAACCCCUAGUUUCAAUGGAACCUUCUUUUCUAAUCGCAAUCCUCUCGCUUCUUCUCGGCGCUAUCAUCAUCUUCGUUGUGUUCGGCAACUACUUUCGCAACAGGAGAUCGGACAUCGAUUCGCUCUCCAACAACAACAAGGAGAUCGUCGAUUCCAAGCCUGCGUCCAAGCCGCAACACAAGAAACUCGGCUCUAAGCCUCACUCUCAUGCUGCUGAUAAGGAAUUGAACAAGCGGCAUCACCCUCUUGAUCUGAAUACCUUAAAAGGACAUGGGGAUUCUGUUAAUGGCUUAAGUUUCUCCUCGGACGGCCGUAGUUUGGCAACUGCUUGUGGAGAUGGAGUAAUCAGGGUGUUUAAGUUGGAUGAUGUUUCAAGUAAAAGUUUCAAAUUUCUGAGAAUCAACUUACCUCCUGGAGGUCAUCCAACAGCAGUUGUAUUUGGUGAUGUUGUGACCUCCUAUGUUGUGGCUUGUGAGGCACUUGUUGGUUCUUCUUUGUACAUGUAUGGAGAAGAGAAGCCCAAACCGCCAGCUGAUGCUAAGCAGCAGGCUAAGCUUCCUUUACCAGAAAUGAAAUGGCAGCAACAUAAAGUUCAUGAUAAAAGAGCUAUAAUCACCUUAUCAAGAACUUCGGCAACCUAUGGCAAUGCAGAUGGAAGCACAAUUAUUGCAUCAUGCUCCGAAGGAACUGAUAUCAUACUUUGGCAUGGAAAUACUGGAAAGAUAUUGGGGAAUGUUGACACUAAUCAACUCAAAAACACAAUGGCUGCCAUAUCUCCAAAUGGUCGUUUUAUUGCUGCAGCAGCUUUCACUGCUGAUGUGAAGGUUUGGGAGAUUGUAUACUCGAAGGAUGGUUCAGUUAAGGAGGUCUCAAGAGUUAUGCAGCUCAAAGGGCAUAAGAGUGCUGUCACUUGGCUGUGUUUUAGUCCUAAUUCGGAAGAAAUUAUAACGUCAUCGAAGGAUGGUACCAUGAGGGUAUGGAAUAUUAAUGUUCGAUAUCACCUUGAUGAGGAUCCAAAAACGUUGAAGGUGUUUCCUAUUCCAUUGCAAGAUUCAACUGGCACUACUUUGAACUAUGAUCGUCUCAGUAUUUCACCUGAUGGAAGAAUACUAGCAGUUACUCACGGGCCACUUUUGCAAUGGUUAUGUGCUGAAACAGGGAAGAUUCUAGAUACAGCCACCAAGGCACAUGAUGGUGACAUUACAGACCUUGCAUGGGCGCCAACUGGUAUUCCAAUGGGAGACAAGAAAAUAACUGUUCUAGCCACUUCAGGCACAGACAAGAAAGUGAAGUUGUGGGCAACACCAUCUCAAAAUUAAUCUUAGUGGGUCUGAUGUGAUACCUAAUCAUGUGAACCACUGGUCUGCUUCCUGAACUUUGAUUCGAUCCCUUUCUAAUCAAGCUGCUUUUGAUUUAGCUGGAAGUUGGAAAGUAGUCUGAUAUCAAGAAUUAGGCGGCAGAAUAGAAAACUAAGGUCCCUGUGACGGCUUAUGUUUGUGCAGAAAUAUUCACUGAUAUUGGCAGGAAUCUUAGUUUCAUUUAGUGGUUUAUAUCACAUGGCAUGAUGCAAGAACUGUAAAGCUUCCACAGGACUCAGAUUUUCAGAGGUGAGAUUGCCAUCUUUGCAAGAUACAUCAAUGUAUACAAAUAUUGCAUAAUUUGAGACCUGGGGACCUACCUCUUGCUUAUACCUGAGCUUUGCCCUUUUUAAUAUUAUUUUCUUUUAGCAA